AUGAGCAUAUGUAGAUUAAAAGAGAUUGGUGUGGGAGCUUUGGUGGAAACUAAAGUGAAAGGAGAGAAGGUGAAGGACAUGGUAACAAAUAAAAUGGUUGGUUGGGAUUUUUAUUCUAGUCCAACUAUCGAGGGUCGGUUAUUGGUUAUUUGGAAGAAAAUAUUUGCAAGGGUGAUUGUCAUAGAGGAGAGUACUCAAUAUGUUCAUUGUUAUGUUAAACUAGCAAGUCAUACUGAGGCUUUCUAUGUGACUUUUGUCUAUGGUCUGAAUGGGUUGGAAGAAAGGAAAGAGAUGUGGAAAGGCCUAACUAAUAGUCGGUUUCUUGCCAAACCGUGGAUAGUGUUAGGUGAUUUCAAUUCUGUCAUUAAUCUUGGAGACAGAAUAGGCGGCAAAUCAGUUUCGAGAGCUGAGACAGAAGAUUUUAAUCAGUGGCUUAGUCUUGGUCUGGUGGAUACUUUAAAGAGGCAAGGUUCUUAUUUCACCUGGUCGAAUAAUCAAGGUAGUCAAGGAAGAAUCUACUCGCGGAUUGAUCAUGCUUUCAAGAAUGAAGAGUGGAUUGAUUUACUUCCUAAUUCUGUAGCCACUUUCAGCUGGGAAGAAAUUUCAGACCACUGUGCUAUUGUUGUCUCUUCGGCUGUCAUGGUGGAAAUAGGAGUGAGACCGUUUAGAUUUUACAACUAUUGGGGUGUUCACAGGGAUUUUAAGAAGUUAGUUCUUGAGAGUUGGGUUAAGCCGGUUGCAGCUACUGGUUUACUUGGGGUUUGGCUCAAAUUAGCUCGAUUGAAGCAUGUUUUGAAGGCGUUUAAUCAUGCAAGACUUGGAAGUGUGGAGCAAAAUUUUCAACGAGCUAAAGACAAGUAUCUUGAGGCUAGAAUGAAAGCUCAAGAAAAACCAGGAGAAGAAGAUUUUGUAGAAGCUGAGAGAGUGGCAGCCGAGGAGUUCCAUAACCAUGAAAAAAUGCUGAAAAGCUAUCUUGUUCAAAGGAGUAAGGUAACUUUGUUGAAUCAAGGAGAUGGUAAUACAGCCUAUUUUUAUGCUUGUAUUAAGAAAAGGAGGGAGGAGAAUAGGAUAGCAAGCUUUGUCAAUAGCCAUGGAAUAAUUGUUGAGAACUACACUGAAGUGGUGGCGCAUUUUAUUGAGCACUUUAAGAGUUAUAUGGGGAGUUUUAGUACGGUAACCAGGAGGAUGGAAGGUGAUUGCUUAGAGAUGGGCAAUCGGUUAUCUCUGGAACAAUAG